GGAGAUAUAAGAAAGUGACUUUUCUGCCAAGGAUGAACUAAACAGAAGCAGCAGCUGUUGCUGCUUUUCAGAAACUUCCAGCGAGAUGCCCUUUCCAAGCAGCUCUUCCAGGACCCAGCGGCACAAACUGAUAUUGGCAGGGACCAUGGUUGUUUUAGUUGCCUUAGUGAGCGCUGUGUUGCUUGCUGUGUUCAUACCUGGAAGGAAAGGAAGCCCUGGCUCAGAAGUAUUGCAGUGGGAAGGCCAAGGGACCACUAAACAGCUGAAGGAAAUCGUCUUGGGGAGAUGUCACAACUACAUUGCCAUAGUGAAUCCUGAGCUCAGAGACAAAGACUGCCUCAAAAUUUGGGAGCUAUUUCAAAAUGCCUUUAUGUACAAGCAUCCAUGCAGGGCAACAGAGGAAGAUUUCCAGCCUCUGAUGGACCUGGCCAGACAAUCCAUCCCAUGUAACAAGUCGCUGUUUUGGAGCAAGACAAAAGACCUUGUACACCGUUACACAAAAACUAAUCGUGAUUUCCUCACAUUGGAAGACACUUUACUAGGCUACAUGGCAGAUGGGCUCUCAUGGUGUGGAGACCCCUCCAGCCCAGGAGUCAACUACGAAUCUUGCCCCGAAUGGACUGAGUGUGAGAAUAACCCUAGUUCAAUGUACUGGAAAAUGUCGUCCAAGAUGUUUGCAGAAGCAGCCUGUGGUAUAACUCAAGUGAUGCUUAAUGGGUCCAUAGAAGCUGGAGCAUUCAGAAACAACAGCAUUUUUGGCAGUGUUGAAGUUGUUAACUUAAAUCCGAAUAAAGUCUCCAAGAUGCAGAUUUGGCUUAUGCAGGACAUUGAUGGACCACAAAGUGAAACUUGCACGGGCCAAUCCAUUUUAAAGCUGAAAGCUAUCCUGGAAAGCCGAAAGAUAAGUGUCUCUUGUGAAGAUAAUUACAGGCCAGUUCGGUUGCUUCAGUGUACCAGUAAUCCUGGCCACGCCAGCUGCGAUGUCUGUUCCUGAAAACAUGAGGACCUCAGCAUGGGAGGAAGACAAAGAAGAGAAAACCCACAUACUUGAAGCAAGACCCAAAAAUGUCACAGCAAAUGAUCUCUGGACAAAAAGGAGCAAGAAGUUCUCUACAGCUAACAAGACUCUCCUGAAGUUGGCAUCACUUGGUCAGUCUUCCAAGUACAAACUCUUCAGGAAAAGUUCAAGAGGGGUUUUAUUUGAAGUUGCAAUGGGAUAUGGCAUCACGCCUUGAAGGACUGUUUUGAAGGAACAAAAUGUUAUUGCACUGAAUAGGAGGUUUUAUUCCUUUACAUAUGAGAAACCGUUGGGGUUAUUUAAUAAAGGCAAAAUCCAAAUGCAGUA